AUGGAUGAUGUGUACAAAGCAGCGGUUGAGAACUUAACAGAGGAACAGAAAAAUGAGUUCCGUGCUGCAUUCGACAUCUUUGUGCAGGAUGCUGAGGAUGGCUGCAUCAGUACCAAAGAGUUGGGCAAAGUGAUGAGGAUGCUGGGACAGAACCCCACUCAGGAAGAGCUGCAGGAGAUGGUGGAUGAGGUAGAUGAGGAUGGCAGCGGGACAGUAGACUUUGAUGAGUUUUUGGUGAUGAUGGUGCGCUGUAUGAAAGAGGAGAGCAAAGGGAAAUCUGAGGAGGAGUUGGCUGAAGUCUUCCGGAUGUUCGAUAAAAAUGGAGAUGGCUACAUUGACUUGGAUGAGCUAAAGAAUAUGCUGGAAUCUACCGGUGAGGCCAUUACUGAAGAUGAUAUAGAGGAGCUCAUGAAGGAUGGAGACAAAAACAACGACGGCAAGAUUGACUAUGAUGAGUUCUUGGACUUCAUGAAGGGUGUUGAAUAA